AUGGGAAGUCCACAGCAAAUUCGCGAAGCGUUUGGCUUUGCUAAGAACUUUCUAACCCCAGUCCUCGAUCGAGAGGAAAUACAGAAGUCCCAAGGUAAAUCUUUGCUACAUAUUCUCAGUCAUACUUCGAGGGGUGAUGAUGAUGCUGGUGAUGAUGCCGCGAGACCAACUGUAAUCAAUGAGGCCUUGGAUAUCUUGACCAGUAUUCACAGAUCCUUUGUUUCGCCCGAGGAGCAAGAUGGGUCUCUUCAAUCAUGCGGGGAGGUUGAAGACUCGCCAUCAGAAGAUGCCAAGCGCCGUCGGAUGCUACAUGCAUUGCUAGACCUGAUUUCCCUUGAAGGAAUAUAUCCUUCGCUAUCAUCUGGAGUUGGGAUUCCUCUGCAGCAGCGGGUGAUCUCGGUAUUGCCGGCCGGUGUAAUUGCAAAGCAGGCUCAAUCAGCUGCUACCAGUGUACCGCACGAUGAGCCUCUUUUGCGCCGCAUAAUCGACGUUUUGGUUGACGUUCUCUUCGACCCCAGACCAAGCCUCCAGACGAUUAUUCGUGGUCGUAUAUUGAGUGACAUAAUCAGUGGCACGUUUGAUCUGGCAUUUAAUCCAAAUACCACGGCAUCAUCUGACCGGAAAACAUAUCAGAAAACGUUGGCUAAGAUAAUUGAUGAUACCGCGACCACUGUCUUGCUACCUACACUGUCCGCAUUCCUCCAGUCAGAUACUGCGCCAUGGUUCAAGUCAACCAUCUCCAGCCAGAUCUCGCAAGUUCCGCUACGACCCGGGGGAGUAGUACAAACCAUUAUGUUCAUCGCAUCGCAGUUUUCACCCUCGCUAGGCCAGGAGGCACAGGACCAAUCAAAUGGCCCUCGUUUAACUGUUCAGGCCAUCAUGCAAAUCUCACGACUCCUUUCUUCUGUCCCGUCAAAUGUUGACCCAACUGUCUAUUUUGAGACAAUUGCUCCCCAACUGCUAGCAUUGAUAGACGGCGAUGAUCCAGAUCUGAGGAAAACUGCAUCAUACGUCGUCGGUAAUGGAAUUUUGGGGAAACGUGCUUAUGGCGCCCCUGGUACUGUUGGCCACUCCAUCUUUGUGGAGCCGAUAUUCAAUGCACUUACCGCAAACCUCAAUGCUAAAUCGAGGCGAUGGAUCAGUCGCUUCACCGAUAUCGAAGGCUCUAUGCCACAUACCACGGAAGCAGAUCCUGCAUCCAAUGUCUUGGUGGAUGGCGCCACAGUGGAACUGGCUCUAAACAGACUGAGGUGUCUGACAUUGCAGCAUCCAAACCCAGGUCUCGUGAAACGAAUCGUGUAUCCGAUUCUUCUUCCAUUGUGGGGCUUGGUCUGUUUCUCUCAGGAGGAAGAGCUGAGCUCAUUCCAUGAAAGGGUCUUACCCCUGCUCCAAACGUAUUUUGGUAUUUCUGUUGGAGCCCAACCCCUCAAAAAGCUGGUUGAUAAUCUUCUUUGGGAUGGGGGCACGACGUGGACAUACACUAAAGAUUCCGACGCUGGAAUUGGGUUACAGAAGCGGAGUGAGGAAACGAACGAGCAUUCAAAUCUGGUGCGACUGAUCGAUUCCCUCCAAGCACGAGCUGAACUUUUCGUCGGUCUCAUUGGCUCGGAUCCUAGCAGUGAGGAACGGACCGGUGAUAUCUUCCUCUAUGUCAGUCAAAACUGGCUAGUGCAGCCCCAAGGUUCUCCACUCCCUCGCAACACACUGAACGGAGGUCCCGUUGGUGAAAGUGACAACAUCAUUCAGAAGCUUGUCAGUGCCAAGAUUGCAGAGAAGCUGCUUGAGAACUUCAAAGAAGCACUGACUCGACGCCCACUCCGAGUAUUAGAGCUCAUCAAGCAAGUCAUCGAUGGGGAGCUACAUAGAUUUAGCGCCCAAGAAACAGCGACGAAAGGCAAAGCAAAUAGCAAGGUGUCCCUGUCAUCUUUAGCUGAUAUCGUGGAAACGAAGGACAAAGACGGAGAGCAAUUAGGCAGCGACUCCUCUGAGUCCAUCUCAACAGCCUUCAGUUUGAUGUCUACACUUCUUGCAUCCGCCGAUUUCUCUCCCACUGCUGAAAUUCAGCCCCUCCUUGAAUCUCUUAAAAGGGACCUUGAUCAACUGAUUUCUUUUCUCCCUUCUACCCUCUCCAAGCCAGCAACAACCUCGUCUAUGUUGCUCGAGAUUCACCUUGCCGCUGCAGAUGAAACCACAAUCAAGGCAGUACCAGGUCAUAUUCAGGACCUUGACACGCAUCGUCAAGCACUUGCGAAUCUCAACUCAGACCUACCACCCGUACAGGCCGAGGGCCUAUCGCUGAUUUCGAAACUGAUCAUGAAGUCAUCACCCGUUCUUGAUGUGGGGUCAACCCUCACACUCCUGCUCUCAGUCAUCACCGACACAUCUAAGACCGCUGCCAACGACGAAUAUGCAUAUCUCGGUGCAAUCAAGAUAGUUGGUACACUAGCAUCACGCCACCCACGUACCGUGAUCAAAACUUUGGUUGAGGAGUACGCAGACAGAAACGAACAACGAGCAUUGGACGAAAGACUCAGGAUUGGUGAGUGUCUGCUGCGAACAGUCCAGGAAUUGGGAGACGCACUGUCCGGUGAGACCGCCAAGAUUCUGGGUGAGGCCAUCGUUGCCGUUGCAGGACGGCGUGGCAACAAGCAACAUGCACAGCAAGCCCGCAAGAAACAACUUGCCAAGGAGAGACGAGAACAGGAACGCACACAGCGCAAGGAAAAAGAGCCGGCCAUGCCAGAAGGCUGGUCCAUUUCAUCUGGAAUAGCCAAAGCUGCUUCCGAACUCGACCUCACAGAGCUUCAUUCGGACGACGAAUCACCAGAGCAAUCAGCGUACGCCACAAACGUCGUCGCUGCAUGGGCUGCCGGCGCAUCCGCAGAUGAUGCCCCUGAUGACCUUCGCAUCCGGGCAUCGGCCAUUUCCAUUCUUGGAUCAGCCAUCAACGUCAACAUCCUCGGUCUUGGCCCCGUCAUUCUUUCUUCCGCCGUCGAACUCGCGCUUGCCACCAUAACCCUCGAGAGGGAACCGGAGAGUGCCAUCCUGCGCCGGGCGAGUAUUAUCUUGAUCUUCGACAUUCUCAAAGCUCUUGAGGCAGCGCGGGAGACACGCGGAAACCGGGACAUCGGGUUCGGCUUUUCGCUUUUGGACGACUCGGCUUCCAGUAUGCAGGGACAGUCGACCAUUGGAAACAUCCCUGCUAUGCUACGCACGCUCCGCUUCGUCGAGGGUAGUGAGGAGGACGGGCUCGCUCGUGGAAACCUGCGCGCUUUGAUUGAAAGUUUGGAGGCUUGGUCGGAGAAAUCUUUGAUGUGGGGCAUUGGUGCCCAGGAUGAUCAAGAUGUCUACAGUCCUCGAUUUGGACUGGGCGACAGGAUCGCCGGUCUGCAGGUUGAUCCCAUAGCAGGGGAAAACACUGGACGUCCGCGCAUCGAGGAGAUUGAAUGA